AUGCCCGCCGAUUAUGCAUCAACUGCGCGGGCUCUUUCUAUUUCGACUACGUCGUCUAGAUCGCCUUCCCCUUUAUUAGAAGAUGGCGCACGCCCGCCAUGGAGUCAAGCCACGCCCGGCACCCGAAACAGCACCGUCUUCUCUACCCGCAGGUCGUCAUCUAGUACCGCCCCGAAAGGGAUCAAGGGCAAACUCGAUGCACUAAACAAACGCAUCGUCGCAGCAUGGCGGAAAAUGACGUUCUGGCAAAGAGUUGGGACCGUUGUUGCGAUCAUUGCCUGCAAUGUAUUGGGGUUUGGUUUCUUGUAUAUUACUGGCAGAGUGUUCCAUUGGCUUGGGCCAGUCGCUGAGAAAUGGGAGCACUCCGUUCCAGUCUUCCUGUUGAUGUGGCUCGGUGUCUUCUUUGUUUCGUUUCCCCCAUUAGUUGGGUGGUCUACAUUCGGAACAGUGUCCGGUUAUAUUUUUGGUGUAUGGAAAGGAUGGGGCCUUUACGCCUCUGCCACGGUACUAGGUUCUACUUGCUCCUUUAUCGCAUCUCGGACUGUCCUAUCGAAGUUUGUGCAUCGCCUUGUCGAGCGCGACAAGCGGUUUGCAGCUCUUGCACUAACACUAAAGUAUGAUGGGCUGAAGUUACUCUGCAUGAUUCGCCUUUGCCCCUUGCCCUACUCGAUUUGUAACGGGGCAAUCUCUACUUUUCCUACAGUGCAACCGUUGACGUAUGGUCUCGCCACCGCUAUUGUGACGCCCAAACUACUCGUCCCAGCAUUUAUCGGCAGCAGACUACGUAUUCUCUAUGAGAAUGGUGAAGAGAUGAGCGUUGGCUCAAAGGUUGUAAACAUCCUCAGCAUAGUCAUCUCUAUAGCGGUCGGUAUCUUCACCGGCCUGUACAUUUAUAAAAGAACACUGGCGCGAGCCAAAGAAUUAGAAGAAAGAGAGAGGUCUGAUAUUCGACACUCCCUCGAAGCCGACCACGCCGCCCACCGUCCCCACCGUCAGUUCUCGGACGACCCGGAUGUUAAUGCUGCUGCGACAACGCUUGCGCGUGAUGAAGAAGAGCGCAUCGGAUUCAAUGACUUUGACGACGAUAAUGUCGAUCUAGUCAUUGAUGAUGAUAUUAGCGAUCGUUCGCCGCUCCGCUCAAAGUCGCCAUACCGAGAUGAAUUCACAGACAAUGAAUCGGACAUCUUUCGGGAUGGGGACGGAACAGACACGGAGACGUACACACUACAUUCGCAUGUGCGAAGAGACUAG